CACACUAACGGACACAAAAACAAAUUUAAAAGAACGACUGCAGCUCGGAUUGAAGGAUUUAGCAAGUAUAUGUCUUGUAAACAGAGAGAAAUUUAACAGUUUCAAACGCCAGUGUUACUCGCAACAAAAAUGUAUAUAUUUAUCGAAAGACACAUAGCAUAUUCUACAUAUUGAUUAGACGCAGAAGCAGUCUUGUGUUGACUGACCAUUGUAGCAUCACGUACAUAUUCGGGGAAAUUGUGUUUCAGUGGAGUAUCUAUUUUGUAAUCAAGCUAUGUCUGGACUUUUUAUUAAGGUAUAUUAGCAGUUAUAUAUUGAUUAAACCCAGGAGUACGUUUAACAAAAAUGGAUACUUUACUUUAUUGAUUAUUAACCUACAUUUAUUAAUAUCUAUUGAAUAAUCGCUUCCGUUAUUCACACCAUUUGGAAAUUUAUUAAGAAUUCAAUUUAAGUGCUGAACAACGACGAAAACGGCGCUAAAUUAUCGUCUUCUUCUGUUCCUUAACUGCUGUGAAAUUUUUACGUCAGUUUUCAUAACAAUCCACGCUUUAUUGUUUCUCUGAUUCAUUUUCGAACAUUCAUACAUAUUCCAAUCAACGAUGGACUACACAUAUACAAAAACUCUAGAAGGUGUAUUUUUUAAGGAGAAAGAUCCCGAUUUCCCGUUUCAGGACGAGGAAAUGGAGUUUGCUGGUGCAUGUAGCGAAUUUGUAAAUACCAGAUAUAACAUGGAUCGUAAUAGAGUCAAUCUGGCUUUAAUAAUAAAUAACGUAGAGUUUGAGGAAUCGACUAAAAUGUCUAAACGACAAGGAUCAGAGAGAGAUGCAUCAGCAAUUAAACACACAUUGGAGUCAUUGCAUUUUAAGGUGAUUGAACGCAAGAAUUUAUCAGUGAAAAGCAUGAAGCAAAUCUUUUAUGAUAUAUCCGCAUUGGACCAUGGAAACCAUAAUUGCUUCGUUUGUGUUAUAUUGUCUCACGGUGAAGACGAUAACCAGAUAUAUGGCACUGAUGACUUAAUAAAUCUUGACGAUUUAGUGGAGAUGUUGCUUCCUGAUUCAUGCCCAGAUUUAAUAGGUAAGCCAAAACUAUUCUUCAUACAAGCCUGUCGGGGAACAAAACUGGACAGUGGUGCAGUUAUGCACGAUGCUGGUGAUGUUAGAGUCAAAUAUCAUAAUAUUACAUCUCAGAAAAUACCACUUUGGGCAGACGUUCUUCUGGCUUAUUCCACUGUCCCUGGAUUUUACUCCUAUGAAAAUUCUACUAACGGAACGUGGUUUAUUCAGUCGUUGGCUCACAUUUUGGAAAAAGACGGAGACCGACUUGAACUGCAACAAUUAAUGCUUUCGGUAAAUCGCAUGGUUGCCUAUGAAUAUGAGUCUAAGACUAGACAUUCAGAGAUUAAUGAAAUGAAACAAGUUCCUUGCAUAGUAAGCAUGUUAACAAAAGAACUACACUUUUACAAGUAAAACCUUCCUUUUUCAUACGUUAACUUCAAUCUCUCAACUUAUUCAUGUAUAUGUAUUUGAGUGACUAUGUGU